AUGUUGGCCGAUUUCCGUGGCUCAGAAAAUUCACCCUCUAUUCCACGAGCGGGAGUCUUCGGUUCUGGAGCGCGACUCCGGAGACUUGCUGAGGGAGGCGGCGAGAAGGAAUCCGAGGAGCCCAGUGCGUCAGCCGAAUGCGUCACUUCAGCUCUGGCCCCUUUUACCGCAAGUGACACAGAAGGUCUGACAGACCAGCAACAGCAAACUGAUGAGCUGGCCAGUUCAGAGUCUGUUGAUCAAGCAUCGGCAAACCCGUGGGGGGACUUAGAAAAGGCUCUUGAGGCUGUGGGGGUGCAAAUGACAGAAGUUGCAACCCCUUUGGCUCUUGGUAGCACCACCGUUGAGACAGGCCAGCAGCAACAAUCUGGCGAACACGGCGGUGCACAGAUGGAGGACCAACUGCAGCCAUUGCCUACGAGGGGCAUUAAAAUGGCUCUCGAGAACGUGCAAAAACGGAUCUCACAGCAGCACGCUCAACUACUCUUGGCACUUCAUGAAGAAGGCCGACACGAAAUCAUGUGGAGAAAGGAAACGCUGUAUGUGCUACUGGAUGAACAAGUGAGAUUGCAGCAAGUUAUCGACGAGAUUGAUGCAGCAAAUGCUCAACACUGA